AAACGGUGCCGGCCCUAUAAAAGGAGGGAGCGCGCACGUCGGGAGAGUUCCGUACCCAAUGUGUCGAGGCGACUGACGACCGGCUCGGAUCUCCUGUGCCGUCCCGUCCCGUCGGUUUCUCUCGCCGCACGAUGCACGACUCCGGCGGGGUGCAGCUGACGCGGGCUCUGAAGCUCGCCGCUCUCUUCCUGCUGCUGGUGCCUCGCUUCCUGGCCGCGGCCGUGACGCUGUGGCUCCUGGACUUCCUUUGCAUCCGACGCAAGGUGCUGCUCCAGAUGGGCGCGCGGCCGCACAGCGCCGACGACCCGCCGCUGUGCGUGUCCGACUCCAACCGCAUGUUCACGCUGGAGUCCUUGCGGGCCGUGUGGUACGGCCAGAAGCUGGACCUGCUCAAGUCGGCGCGGCUGGGACGCGCGGCGCCCAACACGGAGGUGGUGCUGGUGCCCGAGCGGCGCCCGCUGCGCAUCCUGGACUGCAUGCGCGGCACGCGGCCGCUGGUGCUCAACUUCGGCAGCUGCUCCUGACCGCCCUUCAUGACGCGCCUGGCCGCCUUCCAGCGCGUCGUCAGCCAAUACGCCGACAUCGCCGACUUCGUGGUGGUGUACAUCGAAGAGGCGCACCCGGCCGACGGCUGGGUGAGCUCGGACGCCCCCUACCAGAUUCUCAAGCACCGCUGCCUGGAGGACCGGCUGAGCGCCGCGCGCCUGAUGCUGGCACGGGUGCCCGGCAGCAGCGUGGUGGUGGACAACAUGGACAACUCGUCCAAUGCCGCCUAUGGAGCCUACUUCGAGAGACUCUACAUCGUGCGCGACCAAAGGGUGGUCUACCAGGGGGGCCGGGGGCCGGAGGGCUACCGGAUCUCGGAGCUCAGGAAGUGGCUGGAACAGUACCGGAGGGACAUGAGCGCGCGUCCGGUACUGCAAGCAUAACCCAGGAGCAGCCUUUAAAAAAACAAAAACAAACAACAAAAACUGUGUUUACCUGCACACAUGGAGUGUUUUUCAUGCGUUGCGUAGGUGAUGACUCCUCAAAAUCAGGGGUUCUCAGACUUUUGGGGUACAGGGACCCUCCCGCAAAAAACUACACUUUGAAAACUGCUGGUUCAAAAAUAACUUAAUUUGGGUCCAAAAAA